AUGGCCAUCUCCAUCGCUGACAGUACUUGUAGCUCGACCAGGUCCUUGAGGCUGUUGUUGGACCCAGAACAGGUUGAUCCCCCUCGUCCCAAACAGAGCAUGUGGCAUCGUUUGGGCCUGCGCAGAUGGCUGGGCCGUGAUGAUCGAGAUUUUUCUUCCUCCCAGCCGCCUGCCGGUUCUCUCCCCUCCACCAACCAUUACGAUCAACAAUCCCACCAGCAUCAACCUCAACCUCAACCGAGCAAACUCCACGAUACCCUCUCCCGUCGAAUCUCCCGGAAGGUGGGUGUCGGCUUGCCCAGGUCCACCACGUUCAAGCGACAGAACUCCGAGCGUCGAGAUAACCUCGCUCUGGCUCCCCUCGACCCAGAGCCCCGUCGUGCUGUAUCCGCCGACCGCCGUCGCACGCUAAGUGCCCAGAGGAGCAGAUCUGGGUCUUCUCCACAGCCCGCCGUGGACCCCAGAUUAUCCGCUCCCGAGGUUGCCUGGCGCGGCGACCACACGGAUGAGACCACGGUUGAGGAACCCCCCGAGACGAAUGAGGACAGUGAGCUGUGGUCGGAAUGGAACCCCUUCCCGGACGUAACGGAUGUUCCCGAAGAGCCCCCCGACGAUAUCAUCGAGAUGGAGCUGGAGAAGCGGUGGAUUCUGAACCUGAGCAUGCAUUUCCGCGACCGCUCCGAGCGCGAAAAAUUCUUCGUCACCUACGCUGAAGCCCCCAACCGAUGGCGGAGGGUCACCAUUUCCUGUGACUACCGCGGCGCCCCUCCCGAUUCCCUCGAGCAGGAUUUGAAGGAACUGCGCUACCAGCGAGACAAAUGCGCUCGCAUCUACGAGUCCAUUCGCGAGUCCCUCCCCGAGAUCCAGUUCUACGAGACCGUCACCAACCUGAAGCUGGAAACGCGGGACGGCCGAUUGCAUGUCCAUGUCACCGAAGAUGUCAACGAGACCAUCCCGUACCCUCCUACUUCCUGCAUCGGGCACUUAGCGAACGCUCGACUGGUCCCCGAACACCGCCUACAUUUUGAAGCGCAUCUGUCGGGAUUUGUUUACAACGUGCGCUUGGACGGCAAGUCCUUUAUCAAGAAGGAAAUCCCCGGACCGGAUACCGUGGACGAAUUCCUGCACUCCCCGAACGUUGUUCAGGUGGAGGGAAUCGUGGUAGAUGAGUAUCGACAUGUCGUCAAGGGGCUGCUCAUUAGCUUCGCGGAGCAGGGCGCUUUGGUCGACAUCAUUUAUGAGAACCGAGGGUCAAUCGCGUGGGAACGCCGCGAGCGCUGGGCGCGGCAGAUCGUUCAAGGCCUCAGUGAAAUCCACGAGGCGGGCUAUGUCCAGGGGGACUUCACCCUGUCGAAUAUUGUGGUCGACGCCAACGACGACGCAAAGAUCAUCGAUAUCAACCGCCGCGGCUGUCCGCGGAUUUCCAUGUAUAUCGGAGUGAAGACAGAUAUUUUCCAGCUGGGUAUGACGCUGUGGGCCCUGGCAAUGGAGGAGGACGAGCCCGAGCGACAACAACGACCCUUGCUCCUAGACGAGGACCUAGUCAUCCCGGAUUACUAUCGAAGAUUAGUAUCCAUCUGCUUGAGUCCAACACCCCGGCACCGACUGUCCGCCAAGGAACUGCUGGGACUCUUUCCCUGCGACCUGGUAUUAACCGCCGGACAGUCCAACUCGAUACAUCCUCGACAUGCGGGGAUUGGUGUUGGGUUGCACAGCGGUGCCCUACCAUUGUACAACGCCCGCGCUAUUGCAGGCCCUUCAGCAUUCCUCACCCGUAUGGGGUCUGCCGAUGCCUUGGAGGCGUCAAUGCUUUCAGGCGGUGGGUAUAAUCCACAAACAGACGGAGACAUUCAUGGACUCGGGCCACUUUUUCCCGAAAAUGAACAUGACGAUGAGGAUCCACGACCAAGCACAAUUGAUACUGUGGAUAUGGGCAGUGCAGAAACCAGACUCGAUGGGAACCAACCCUUGAUGUCAGCCACAGAACUAGACUCCACUGAGAAACUGCCCUCUUUAGAAGAGCGCACACAUUUGACACGAUUUGUCGACCCCGCCCCACUCCCUACAGGCUUUGAAGAUGGCCAACGACUACCGGACCUUGUUUCAGAUGACAAUGACAUCGAUUUAGAUACUGAGAUUGAUCCGCUGUAUCGGAAAUCUUCCGUGGAACAACGGACAGACUUGGUGCCAUUCGCAGUCGACUCGUCCGCAGAACUUGGCGUUAGCUGCCACCCUGCGUGUUCGUUGAGACGCAGAUCCACGAAUAAACUGUCGCCAGAAUAUGCGAAACGCAACGAAUCGCCGGUGUCGUCUUCUGCAACACAGUCUAGCGAUCCAUAUUCCACAGCCGGGCCAGACUUUAGCCAUGCCCUAAUCCGCGACCAAGAUUGGACUGGCCCAAUGCAAUCGCGCUCUGUAUCCUCCCUGUUGCAUUCGAUGCUGCCUAUCAAUCCUGCGCUCAGUGGGUCGGGGCCAAAACUCCUGGAGAGUUCGGACCGGUUCUCACCCCUGACUAUUCGAUCCGCCUUGGGAUACUCGCGGCAAGUUCUCCAAGAACACACUCCUAAUCUCAGCGACUCACAUCUUCCGAUAAACCCAGCCUUUGUAGAUAAGGCCCUUGCCCAUGUUUGA